CAACCUCGACCAUUUGCGACGAGUGUCAACGAAGAGAAUGGCUGACAAACUUCGCGUCCAAUCCCAGCUCGAGCUCCUCCAAUCCCGAUACAUCGGUACCGGUCACGCCGACACAUCCAAACACCAAUGGCUGGUCAACCAACACCGUGAUUCGCUGUCUAGCUUUGUUGGACAUGCCCCCAUGCUGGAUUAUAUGUCUGUGGGUUUGGGAGAGACUAUGGAGAGGACGAGGUUGAAUAUGAUUGAGAAAAUGGUACAGCCUUGUGGACCUCCUCCGCCUAGAGAUGAUGAUUGAUCAGGGAUACGAUAUGGCGCGUCCAAGAUUGGUUAUGGGUGAACAAGAGGAGCUGAGGGACAGGCAGGACCGCCUCGGCAAAGGAUAGAGAGUGAAAAGGGAGUGGAAAAGACUCGUCGAGCAUGCGGAAGCAUGUUCUUUCGAAGAGCAUCGAAGGGCUAUGGGGUCGCGACGGUACCGGAACACAGAAUAGAAAUGAGAGAGCAUACUCCCUGAAAGUUAUUCUCAGGGUCUUCCAUGUCCAC